UUGAACGUUUGAUUACACAACACCAUCAUCAAUAGCAUUCACAAUGUCAAGUUCGAAUGGAAAUGGGACUGUUACUGGCAUAGAACAAGCAUUAGGAUUCGAUAAACAUCCAUACGAACAAGAUGGACCAAGUGAAGGAAAAUUAAUCACUUUGCCAAUUGUCAAUCAUACAUUUUCCCUUGCUUAUUUGUACGAUACUGUGAUUGCAAAACUGAUUCGAAUUCCAAUCAAGGUUCUUCUUACGCUGUCAUACUAUAUCGUCCAUGGACCAAUUACACUUCGACGCAAAUACAACGUCUCCCGAAAAAGAAUCAAUAUCCCAUCUAGGGAAAGAGGGAGAAAGAUUAAAGUAGAUGCAUACCUACCAACCAAUCUAUUCAAGUCCAAUAAGCCUCUACCAGUACACGUCAACUGGCAUGGAAGUGGAUUUGUGUUGGAUUGCUUUGGAGCAGAUGGUGACUUCUGUGCAUACCUGGCAAACAAGAUGCAAUGCAUCGUCUUGGACGCAGAUUAUCGCAAAUCACCCGAACAUCCUUUCCCGGCUUGCAUUCACGAUGGAGAAGAUGUGAUGAAUUCGAUAUUUUCCAGUAAGAGCAAUUCUGUUUUCAACAAGCAAUUACCACCUCUCGACCUACAACGUGUUUCUGUUGGCGGUGCUUCAGCAGGUGCAAAUAUUGCAUUGGUGAUGGGUGUAAUCUUUGGUGGAAAGAAGAUUUGUGCGGUUGCAACGAUUGCACCUCCAACUGAUUUUAGACCAUCAGCUCGACCGAAGCUAGCACCUCAACCGAAUCACCCCAGAGCUUUGCCACGGAAGGUGACCCUGUUCUUCGAUAGAUGUUAUCUGAUUCCCAAUAUGGAUCGUGCAAAUCCUACAUUAUCACCCGUGACCUGCAACAUGCAAAAAGGACAACUAGAUUGCAAACUUGUUUAUAUCGCAGCAGGAAAAGGUGAUACAUUACACAAUGAUGGCUAUAAUCUGAUUGAAUCUCUCAAACGACAAGGCCAUCAAAAUGCAGUCUUUUGCGGUGUUCCAGGCGAAGGACAUGGAUUCGAAAAAGCGAUUGGAAAAGGUGAACAAAAGCAGAAAGCCUUGGCAGUCUUUGAUGAUAUUGUCAAAUUGAUCAAAGCUACUUGGCAAGAGUCAACACCUGCAGACUCAACUUUGAAAGUCAAAUUGUGAUCGUGAGCAUUCAUGUACAUUAUUCCGCACUUGCAAUUCAACCAUGUGAUCAAUUUGUAGAUCUUCCUGCCAUUCAUGUCUUUCUUGGCUGUUUACUGACGCGGAUAUUCCCAUACCGUCCUCACUUUCACAGUCUUGCGCCCCCAGCGCAAGGCAUUCCAACGGCGGAACCCCUAUACUGAGAAUGACUGUGUAUGUCCUGACAUUUGUUCCGUCUAUUCAAAUUC